GGGUGCCUAAGUCGCCGCGGCGGCGUCCACUGAGCGUACAUAGACGGCUGGCUCCAGCAGCUGAGGCGGCCCUACACGUACCUGGUGGAGGGAGAGUACGGAGCUGCACACCCGCCCACCAUGAAGCCUCCUUCAGGAGAUGUCCUGGAUAUGGCAGUGCCCUGCUCCGUGGUGAACUACCUGAGAUGGGACUUGAGUGCCCAACAGAUAGGGCAGCUGACGGCCGAGCUCAUGGAGCAGACCAAGCGUGUGUAUGACCAGGUGGGCUCCCUGAAGUUUGAGGAUGUGUCCUACGAGAGUACACUCAAGGCACUGGCUGAUGUGGAGGUGUCCUACACAGUUCAGAGGAAUAUCCUUGACUUCCCCCAGCACGUUUCUCCAUCCAAGGACAUUCGGACAGCCAGCACAGAGGCAGACAAGAAGCUGUCUGAGUUUGAUGUGGAGAUGAGCAUGAGGCAGGACGUGUACCAGAGGAUCGUCUGGCUGCAGGAAAAAGUUCAGAAGGACUCGCUGAAGCCAGAGGCAGUGCGGUACCUGGAGCGACUGAUCAAGCUUGGCCGAAGGAAUGGGCUCCACCUGCCAGAGGAAACUCAAGAAAAAAUCAAAGGCAUCAAGAAGAGGCUGAGUCUCCUGUGCAUUGACUUCAAUAAGAACCUGAAUGAGGACACGACCUUCCUGCCCUUUACUCGAGAGGAGCUGGGAGGACUUCCUGAGGACUUCCUGAACUCUCUGGAAAAGACUGAGGAUGAGAAAUUCAAAGUCACCCUCAAGUACCCUCACUAUUUUCCCCUCCUGAAGAAAUGCCAUGUACCUGAGACCCGAAGGAAGGUGGAAGAGGCCUUCAAUUGUCGAUGCAAGGAGGAGAACUGUGCCAUCCUCAGGGAGCUGGUGACCCUGCGGGCCCAGAAGUCUAGCCUGCUGGGCUUCAGCACACAUGCCGACUACGUCCUAGAGAUGAAUAUGGCCAAGACCAGCAAGGAGGUGGCCACUUUCCUAGAUGAGCUGGCCCAGAAAUUGAAGCCCCUUGGGGAGCAGGAGCGGGCAGUGAUCCUGGAGCUGAAGAAGACCGAGUGUGAGAAGCGUGGCCUGGACUUCGAUGGGCAGAUCAAUGCCUGGGACAUGCGCUACUACAUGAACCAGGUGGAGGAGACAUGCUACAGCGUGGACCAGAACCUGCUCAAGGAGUACUUCCCCAUGCAGGUGGUCACCAGGGGGUUGCUAGGCAUCUACCAGGAGCUGCUGGGGCUGACCUUCGACCUGGAGGAACAUGCCACUGUUUGGCACGAAGAUGUGAAGCUAUACUCAGUGAGGGAUGCGGCCUCAGGGACAGUCAUUGGGAAAUUCUACCUGGAUCUCUAUCCGCGGGAAGGCAAGUACGGGCACGCAGCCUGCUUUGGCCUGCAGCCAGGCUGCCUGCAGCAGGAUGGGAGCCGCCAGAUCGCCAUAGCAGCCAUGGUGGCCAACUUCACCAAGCCCACCCCGGACGCCCCCUCCCUGCUGCAGCAUGAUGAGGUGGAGACCUACUUCCAUGAGUUUGGGCAUGUGAUGCACCAGCUCUGCUCUCAGGCAGAGUUUGCCAUGUUCAGCGGGACGCAUGUGGAGCGUGACUUUGUGGAGGCACCUUCUCAGAUGCUGGAGAACUGGGUGUGGGAGAAGGAGCCACUGCUCAGGAUGUCACAGCACUACAGGACGGGUAGCGCCAUCCCCCAGGAGCUGCUUGAGAAACUCAUCAAGUCCCGGCAGGCCAACACAGGUCUCUUCAACCUGCGCCAGAUUGUCCUGGCCAAGGUAGACCAGGCCCUGCACACACAGAAGGCUGCAGACCCAGCUGAGGAGUAUGCCCGCCUCUGUCAGGAGAUCCUUGGGGUUCCAGCCACACCAGGAACCAACAUGCCUGCAACCUUUGGCCACCUGGCAGGUGGCUACGACGCGCAGUACUACGGCUACCUGUGGAGUGAGGUGUACUCCAUGGACAUGUUCCACACACGCUUCAAGCAGGAGGGCGUCCUCAAUGGCAAGGUCGGCUUGGACUACAGAAACUGCAUCCUGAAACCAGGCGGCUCUGAAGAUGCCAGCAGCAUGCUGAAGCUCUUCCUGGGUCGUGACCCCAAGCAGGAUGCAUUCCUCCUGAGCAAAGGCCUGCAGGUGGAGGAUGGCGAGCUGCUAGCCUGCUGAUGUGCCCAGGGGUCCUGCUAGCCCUUGGAUGGGGGCUCUAGCUCCCACUGUCCUGGUGCCUUAGCUUCCAGACUGGAAACGGUGGGAGACAGUGGCCUCCAGCUCAGCAUCCCAGGGAGGGUGGGGCAGGGUAAGAGAGGGGCCGUUCUGUUGGUCAUUUCUCAUAGCCAGUGUCCAUGACCCCUACUCAGUGGCCAGCCUGGGCUGAAGAGAGAUUGUCCUCAAGAUGACUGGGGAGCGCUUGUGUCCAGUCAAGGCUUCCUCUUUGUUGCACUAAUAUAGCCCCUUCCUGGGAAUUUAUCUUAGGUAAGGGAUGGGUUCCUCGAAAUUCAGCCAUUAAAAAAAGAGAGAGAGACUUCUGGCCUGUUCUC